UCAUUACUAUCAAGAUGCGCUUGAAGAAAAUACAGCACGACAGUUACGGCUGGCUUUCCUGAUGCACUCUUGGAAGGAUACACUGGAUUAUUCAAACAACACCAUGGAAUCAGCUAUUCAGUAUGAGAAAUUCCUGAAUGAAUUCUUUUUAAAUGUAAAGGAUAUCCUUCGGGCUCCUGUUGAUUUGAUAGGCCAGUUUCAAAAAUGGGAAUUUCAAGAAACAGAGCUGAGUAAAAGUUUUUACGACAAGAAGGCAGCCAUUCAUGAAGCACUGUGUGACAACAUUGACACUCGCACUGUUUUGGAAGAAAUGCGAUCUUUAGUCAGCCAGAGCAAUUCCUAUAUUGCUGCUAAGAAAACUGCCAGGCAAAUGCCAAAUAGACUGCUGCUACAAAGUAUUAGUUCUUAUCUCACUCAGAUGUUAAAGAUCUUUGGUGCCAUAGAAAAUGAUGAAGCUCUUGGAUUCCCUGUUGGAGGAAAUGGCCAAAACAUAAACCUUGAGUCUACAGUGAUGCCAUACCUACAGGUGUUGUCUGAUUUCAGAGAAGGAGUGCGACAAAUUGCCAGAGAAAAGAAAGUAACUGAAGUACUGCAGUUGAGUGAUGCUCUUCGAGAUGACAUUCUUCCUGAGCUUGGAGUUCGAUUUGAAGAUCAUGAAGGACUCCCAACUGUGGUCAAAUUGGUAGACAGGGAGACCUUACUAAAAGAAAGAGAAGAAAAGAAAAAGAUUGAAGAAGAGAAAAAAAGAAAGAAGGAAGAAGCAUCUAGGAAAAAACAAGAACAGGAGGCAGCGAAACUGGCAAAGAUGAAGAUUCCACCACAUGCAAUGUUUAAAUCAGAGCUUGACAAAUACUCCAAGUUCGAUGAAAAUGGAUUUCCUACUCAUGAUACAGAAGGUAAAGAACUCAGCAAAGGACAAAUGAAGAAACUGAAGAAACUUUAUGAAGCACAGGAAAAACUUCACAAGGAGUAUCUGCAAAUGGUUCAGAAUGGAACUGCAAUUUGAGAACAAAACCAGGACAUUCUUCUUUUUUAAAAUAAAGGCGAGAGCUGGGUUAUUAUAGGAACAGUAAAGAGCAUAUAUUGAUGCUCGUAUUGUGUUUACAUGUUCUACUGUGGACAAGCUAAAACUACUUGUUUACGUGGAUUAAUAUAUCAUCUAGUUUAGAGUGUCAAUAAAAUUUUAUUAUUAAAAAUGAAAAGACCCUGUAAGAUGUUUGUGUCACAAUCAUUCCAGACUGAACAACUCUCUUGGGGAAGACACUGUUCAGUCAGCAAAUCCACAUAGGUUUCUUGCUUGUUAUAACCUCUUUGGGCCCCUGGGUAAUUUCUCAUGCAUGUCGCUCUUUAGCUAACUAAUAUCCAGUGUAUCUUGUGCUUUGGAAUAGUUAAUGUCAUAACAAGUAGAACUUACUGAGACCUACAGCAAAGCUGAUGAAUUUGUCCAACGGCAAGAACCAUAAAUAUUUCUCAAAUGAUUUCAAUGACAUUACAUAGGCAGGAAGUACCAUAAAUAGUUCAGGUACGAUGCUUCUGUUGCUGUUUUUCAAAACCCCAAUUAUAGACAAAUCUGUGGUAUAAGCUAACUGUCAUUUUCAUAAGUUGGACUGUCACACCCCUCACUUGGCCAAACAGGGCAAGAAUGUCCCUCUCUGCUUGGCCCAGCUCAGCUUGUGACUUUACUCAUGUAAAUGAGUGGAUGGGGAGAGAAUGGACAGGGCCAGAGAGUGGGAAGAGGCCUGCUCUCUUUUUCCCGCACCCCUCACUGGCCAGAGGAACAAAGGUGCUCCACGUAACAGGGUGAAAUAACUCUCAACCUCCUCUGAGCAACAUGGAAGCAAGGGGAAAAUUGUGACUGUUACAAUUCACUGUCUGGUUUGCUCCUGGGACAGUGCAGUUAUGCACUCUACUGAACUAAAGACAUCUAACACUGUUAAACACUGCAAAUUCUGAACAGAUGACUGAGUCUUUAAAGACUCACCGUAUAUUCUUUACUUUCAGUCCCGUGUUCCAUCUUAUGUGAAUUCUGUAGCUCAAACAAGAUGUUCAGAAGUGACUAGUGAUUAGGUGCCUCAAUUUUUGGGUGGUCAGCCUGAGACAUCUUAAAGGGUUCUGAUUUUUAGAGACUGAGAAUUUAGCAUUCUGAGAAUGCAAAUUUCAAGUUGUGUACGCACUGUCACCUCAAUGAGCAUUAAGGCCUUCCUUACUGCCAUUUGAUGGGAGAGGUUGAGUGGGGAGUACUUUGACAAAGGUACAGUUGUCUGCUGAUUUGGGAUGCAGCUUGGGGAGCCCUAAGAGUUCAGUAUAAAUAUCCAACAGAACAAGGCUCAAGGAGGUGGUCUUGAAUGUAAGUAGGGCCCAGUUUGCUCAACUUAAGGUCUAUCUAAAGAAAACAGGUUUCGAGUAAUAUGACCAUGGCUGCACACCGUGCAAGCUAAUUUACUGUUGCAUUUUGAACAAACUGCAAGUGAUGGAAAUACCCUGCUGUGACUUGUUGAGAGGAAAUUACAAUACUCGUCCUCACUGUUGCAAUGAUAUAUGUUGCUGUUUGGAGGUCAACAGGGGAUUGCUCAAGUGAAACACACUGCUACCAUGUCUGGCUCUCAGCUUUCCAUAAAAUAAUACCCGCAAUGUAUUAACUUUACUCACUAUCUAUAAACAAGUCCCCUUCAUAGGGAGUAAGCUUUAUAGGGUGUGCCUCCUCAUCCAGCAACUUCUACCCAGUAGAAAGGCUUUUGUCUUCCCAGGGCUGUGGAUGAAGAAACUCUGACAUAUCCAGCUUGCAGCAUCGUCUGAGCAUUUCUGCAUGCCUGAAACUGAACUUGAACAAUGCAGAGUAAGAGAGAGACAAUUGUGUUGAUGCUAUUUUAGUCCAUAUUUAGACAUUAUCUUGGUAAACCUCCUAUGUUACAUGGAUUACAGGAUAGCUCAAGGGAUGCUGAAUUUUUCAGUAUUUUGAGGCACAUGUCCACUAUUACUGAUUUGAUUCCAUCUUCUAGGAAUGCCUUGUACUAUUGAAAGGCAGUGCCAGACAUUUCAGCAAGGUCCCUUAGUUACUACUACAAUAUCUUAUGCACGGUCCAUUGUGUCAAAUUUUGCUGAGAAGCUCUAUGUGACUGGCUGCUAUUUACAACCAGCAUAUCAUUCAUGCUGCCACAGAAUUAAUCUCUCCCAUACAAGGCAAUGGUCCUAGGCCAUCAUCAUGGGGUCAUUGCUGGUGAAGGGUGCUGGAUUUUACAGGUUUCCAGCAGCAAUGGCAGAAGCCCAGUAAAGAAAGGUGAAUCUAGACAGGUGUUGCCUAGUUUAUGCACAGCAAACAAAUGUCAACAAGAGUAUCGGGUUACCUUAAAUUUAUACUAUCAUAUAUAGAUAAUAAUGAUGAGAAACACCUUGUCAUGCAUUGUUAAACGUAUCUUGCUGAGGAACCUAUUGUCCUUAUAACAGUGUACACUGUUAGAAACGUCUGUACUCUAACAUUACCCCUUUAAAAUUAUUUAUGAAAGCAUUUUAUGUUUCUGUUUCUAGCUGCGCACCAAAUGGCAGUAACGAAGGUCUUAAUGCUCAUUAAGGUGAGAGUGCUUCAGGUUCAUCGCUGCCACCUAGGCUAAUGUCACAUCACAUACAUACUAAGUCCAUUGACCUAGUGAUGAUCAAAGCACACACAAAAAUACAAGUAAAAUUUUAUGAUUUGUUUAUUGCUAGAUCCUGAACAAUAUUGUUAUC